CUCAUACAUAGCAUCACUUUGUUCCUAACGUUCAUAAUCUGGAUUCCUCGACAUCAUAUCCAUAAUUUCAUAGCUUAGCUUCACUUUCGGCCGAAUUGUAGGCCACACUUUCAGUCUUUCAUCCCUGUCAUUUCUUAAGAGGUCACUGACAUGCAAAUCAGAUAACUUAUCUACCAAUGGGCUACUUUUCAGAUCCCCUUAACUCUUUAUGGAGUUUGCAAAAGUUCUGGCAUGUUUUGAAAACGAAGCCACCGGGGUCAAAUCCCUUCGAACCACCUCUAGAGUGUGGACAAUAUCUCGACUUCGUCACGGAUCUUUGCAUACGUCGUAUACAAGGUUUCUCUUAAUCAUGAUGGCUAUCCUCAUUCUUUACAUGACUUUCAUAAUAUGGUGUAUGAUAAAUAUGCACAAGAAAGUGUUGAGGAGACUGGCUGACGGUACUCCUGAGGGAGGGAGGCGGGAAUUAGAUAGGGGUUUAGAGUUUCGCGGUAUAAGCAAAGGAGACGCUGAGGACCGCCUUCAAAGAUGAGAGAUAUAAAGAAGCGGGGCAGUGCUGAAGCAGAAGGGAUUUGACUGGAUCGAGGGAUUGCUUAAUUGAAAAAGUUACCUUCGACGACCAGCUCGGC